AUGGGUCCAACAGUUUUGCUCUUGGCAUCAUUGAGCUAUUGCUAUAUGUUUGUCACAAAGAUUCCAAAGGGCAUGUUCAGAGUGUUCUCCCUCAUUCCUGUCUUCUACUUCUUCUCCACCCUACCUUGGUAUUUCUCAUUGGCCGUCCUCAGAGGAGUCUCAGCUUUCUUUAUCACAUGGAUUACUUCUUUCAAGCUCAUCCUCUUCUGCUUCAAUCGAGGCCCUCUCGUCACAGGUACAAAAUACAUAGAUUUUGUAGCAUUAUCUAUCUUUCCACUCAAAAUAAUAGAUGCUAAACCCGCCUCUUCAAUGUUUUUUAUGGGGUAUGAGGUGGUGACACUUUUCAACCAGCCAUAUCUGGCUACAUCUUUACAAGAUUUUUGGGGGAGAAGGUGGAACAGGAUGUCAUCAAACAUUUUGAGACUGACUGUCUAUGUACCUACGCGAGAAACCCUAACGGGGAUCGUCGGAGUCGGACCGGCAAAGGUGGUGGCAUUGAUCACCACGCUUGUGGUGUCCGGUGUCAUGCACGAGGUUGUAUUCUACUACAUAACCUGUGGAAUGAGACCCACGUGGGAGGUCACGUGGUUUUUCGUGUUGCAUGGGUUGUGCAUGGUGUUUGAGUCCGUGUUUCGGGCCAUGGGUUGGAGUCUUCCGUUCCACGGAGUGAUUGCGGUGCCACUGACGGUGGGGUUCGCGGUGAUUACUGGUUACUGGUUGCUUGUUUUGCCAGUUUGGAGGAGUGGACAGAGUAGAUGCAUGUGACAUUGUGGAAGAACCAUUAAUUACGAUAUCGAAUAAUGAGAUCGUGUGUUUUGCACAUGAAGGGAUAAAUGUUCUUCUUUUUUUUUUGAAUGAAGGGAUGAAUGUUUUUUUAUUGAAUUUUGUUAUGAAAUUUUGAUUAUUAAUCAGAUAGAUAUGUUUCCUAACUUUUAGUACACAUUAUCGGCCACUGUACAAACCUAAUAAAUUGAUUGGAGUUAACACAUAUAUAGCUUUCCACAUCGGCCAAAUUUUGUUACUAUUACACAGUUGAAGGGGA